UAGAGAGAGAGAGGGACAGAGAGGGAGGAAGAGAGAGACAGAGAGAGAGAGAGACAGAGAGAGAGACCAGGGGCUGGUUUAUAAGGAGAGAAUAAACAGACACAUGCAGGGAAAUAGCAGAACUGUAUGGGAGGAGUGAUACGCUCACAUUUACACACACACUGUAUAGAGAGAGACACGGCACAUGGAGCUGGUGUGUAUGAGUGAGAGGAGUGUGCAAGACAUGUGGAGGAGGAGUAGGAGGGGGAGGAACACAUUUUAAGAACAGGGAAGGCGGGAGGAAGAAGCAGGUUUGUCCGUACAGGUGAACUGAAGACUUAACUCUCCCACAAGGAACAACUGCAGUUGAGAUUCGGACCCUAGAACCAGUGGAAAUGUAUGGACACAAACAGGAAAGCCCAAAACACAUUGUGGGAGUCACAUCCAGGUGCCCAGUGACUUACCUGAAAUGGCUGAAGGACUUGCUGAAAACACUAUAUUCCGACCUUGUGUUACGAGUGAAAUAUCUGCCCAUCUCCGAUGGCAACUCGAGGCAGUGGAAUACAGAAGUGAAGGCAUGUUCUAUUGUGAUCCUGUAUCAUAGCACCAAAGAGGGGAGCAUCAACAUUACUGGCACCAGAGGGACCACAUACAAGAAGGAGCUGAUCUACUUGACUCAUCAUCUAGGCCAAGAAAAAGUUAUGGUAGUGUUGGACGACGUGAAACCAAGCAGUGAAGCUGAAAAGGAGAGAACCCGGAAAAGUCUGAACAGCCUUCAGCAAUAUUGCGGCAUGAUUCUCCUUCUUCCCGAAAACAGUAAAUAUAGUGCAUUGCAGAGGGAAGAUCAAGAUAUAAGGAAAUUCCUUAUGGGAGCACAUUGUAUUAAGAGAUCCACCUCUCCACCAACCAGCUCUAGGUCUGCAAAGAACUUACAUCAAACAUAUCAGCCAAACCCUAAGCCUGGAAGAAACAUGGCACAUCAAUCAGAUAUUAGAUCCAGCUUUAAGACCAGAGAGCACUUACACCAAUCGUCUAAUUACAAUCACAAUCUAGGGCCAAGGCUAAAUCAGCCCUUGGCUCGGACCAAAUUCCAUAAAGUCGGCAUUUUCUCUCGAGCUGCAGGGAGUCAUUACCAGUGGCUGAUGAAUCAACUGAAAGCAGCUUUUGUGAAUGACAUGGCAGUAAGCUUCCAUUCUGUGCCCAUUUCUAAUAAUUAUUCGGACUUUACUUCGGAGCUGACUAAAUGCACCUUCGCCAUUCUGUACCACACUUGGAAUUCUGGGCGCUUGAAUGUCACUGAUGUGCCUGACUCACUGUACGACAGAGAGCUGAAGGAUUUAUCUCUGUACCUAGGAAAGAAUAAUGUCCUUGUGGUACUUGAUGAUCUGACGGACAGUGGUUUAGAAGAGAAGAAGAAGAUCCUUCAAAACCAGCCCAGCAUUAAUAGACUGGCACAGGAGCUGUUCCUCUUCAGUGAGAAAGAUAAAAAGUCCAAAGGGGGCAGUUACUAUUCUGCUAGUACGUCAGAAUCACAGAAUCUAAAGAUAAAGUUGCAGAAAAUCAUAAACGUUAUAAAAGACAAUGAACCAAAGUCUCCUGGAUUUGCAGCUAUGAAAGAAGGAUUGAAACAAAGAGAAAUUCAGAGACCCACCUCGCGGCCUCCCCAAGCAAAUACAUCCGGGAGUCCGACCAACUUACGUCAAGGACAUCAGUCAGAGAGUCAACCAAGCUAUAAACCUGGAAAGUACUCGUCAUCUGAUCAUGUGCCUCACAGUCACAGGCCUUGGCAAAAGCCUCCUUCACCUCCAACAAGAUUCCAUAAAGUCGGCAUUUUCUCACGGGCUGCAGGGAGUCAUUAUCAGUGGCUGGUGAACCAACUUAAAACCAUCUUCGUGAAUGACAUAGCGGUUACCUUCCAUUCUGCGCCCAUUUCCAAUAAAUAUUUCGACUUCUCUACAGAGCUGACUAAAUGCACCUUCGCCAUUCUGUACCACACAUUGAAUUCUGGGCGCUUGAACGUCACUGAUGUAUCUGACUCACUGUACGACAGAGAACUGGCGGAUUUAUCUCUGCACCUAGGAAAAAAUAAUGUUAUUGUGAUACUUGAUGAUCUGAUGGACAGUAGUCCAGCAGAGAAGAAAAAGAUCCUGCAGAACCAACCUAGUAUUAAAAGACUGGCGCAUGAGCUGUUCCUCUUCAGUGAGAAAGAAAAAGGUUCCAGCCGGGGCAGUUACACUUUUGAUAAUACGUUGGAAUCCACGACUUUAAGGUUGAAACUGGAGCAAAUCAUGCAAAUUAUUAACGAUAACACAGGGAAGGCAGCAUCAAAGAUAAUGGAUCACAGACAAAAUGAUUUAUUUGAAACUGAAUAUAAGAGUCAGUUUACUGCGACCCAACAAAAGGACGAUCUUGAAGCUUCUCUUAGUCCAUCAAAGAGUGACAAGGGAAAACCAACUUUGGAUAGGGGUUCUAGCACAUGGGAGACAAAGGUGAACAUUUCUUAUGAUGAUGUUACUGAUAUAGCAUCCAAAAUAGAAUUAGAUAAUUCCCAUAACAAAGGCCCAACUCUAACUAGAAGUGAGGAACACGUGAAAAAGAUGUACAAAGACUCUGGAAUCACAGGUGCUCCUACAAUCUCAAGGGCCAGGACUCCACAAAGUUCUUUUUUAAGAAGCCAUAUGGACACAUUUGGCACUUUACCAUCCAAAACACCACCUUCAGCUUCAUACGCCAAGAGUUCCAAAGCAACUGAUCAUGAUCAAGAGAGACCUUUGUCAUCUUUGUCUACAAAGAAUCAUGACUCCUUGCUCAAAACUGAAGGGUCAUCAUCUCCACGUUUACUCAGUCAAAUGCAAAGCACCCACUUUGUGAAUCUAAUGGACAAUAUGUUCCAACAACAACGUGAUUUGAUUUUAUAUCAUUGUAAGUCACAGCUGCUGAUGAAUGAGAAGAUCAUAAAGGCUUGGCAUGAUAGCCUUCAAUACAUGAAAGACAUGGAGAACAAACUAUCUGAAUAUCAGCACAUCAUCCAUAAACAGGACCUGACAAUAUGUAAACAGGAAAAUAUGAUACGACAGCUGAGGGACACCCACCCAGUAUAUCGACAGAAUUAUAAAUAAAACCACAUAAGGGCUGAGAUUAUAGUCGUGGUUUCGAUUUAGCAUCUCAAACUGAGAAGAUACACCUCGAUGUAGAUACUCAGUUACUUAACCAUUUUCAGUCUCCGGCAUGGAUCAUUCCGAAUUACUAACAUGAAACAGGAGUGCUGCUUUCUCUAAGCCACUGAUAUUUCUGUUGAAGAAAGAAUUCUUUGGAAAGUACCAUCAAAUUCUGAUGUAACUGAAUUAUAAGAGUAUCUCUAUUUAAUGAUAAUUCUUAUUUCUUACUGGUUGUAUAUACCGUAUUCCAAGGAUAACAAGAUGGUAGGCUGUGACUCUUCAGUUACAUUAGACUUUUUACAAUUAAAUGAUAUAAUGCUACAGAAAAAUAUAUACCUAUAUAGACUAUGCAUGCAACAGUCUGUUUUGUUAGAUUAAAAAGAAAUGUACUGUAAAAAGAUAGAGCUAUAUUUAGAUUUUUUUAAUUUUAAGGUUGGUUAUAAGACCUAGAAACUCUGAGCACCGCUGCCAUUAAAUUAUUCUUUAAACAAUUUA